GUAAACCCAUCACCACGAAGCUGAAACGAAACCGAUCGCCGAACAAGUUCGUCCCCCCUCACUCCCUUUUUGGGCAGCGGAGAAGUUGCUAGAGACACCGGGCAACUUCCACACACCCGACCACCACCAGCGGACCCCUUUCCGGGCACAGCUCAGCACAGCACCACGGCGAGAAUCGGAGCUUAUAUUUAGACUGAAAAAUACCAUGUUAUGUCACUGAUCACAAUAUAACGCUGGGUCCAGAGUUCACGGGUAGAUCCAGGAACAGAUAGAAGACGAGAAGAGUUUUCCCGCAAAGUCUUGACUCCAGACGCCGUUACUUUUACAGAUGGCUCCUAAAAGUAAGUCGCAGUCGUGGUCAGCUCUGAAGCAGUCUGGAAACGAGUGCUUUAAGACGGGACAGUACGGAGAGGCCAUCAACUUCUACAACCAGGCCAUCAAAGAGCUCGAGAAAGCUGCUCAGAAAAACCCAGAGGAUUUGGGGAUUCUGUAUUCAAACCGUGCAGCCAGUUAUCUAAAAGAUGGUAACUGCUCAGAAUGUGUUAAGGACUGUACCAAGUCUCUGGAGCUGUACCCGUUUAACGUGAAAUCUCUGCUACGUCGGGCUGCAGCCUAUGAGGGUCUGGAGAGGUACAAACUGGCCUAUGUGGACUACAAGACUGCCCUGCAGAUCGACUGUAACAUCGCAGCAGCUCACGAUGGCACCAACAGGAUGACCAAAGCCCUGACAGAAGCAGACGGGCCUUCAUGGAGAGAGAAGCUGCCUCCUAUCCCCACUGUGCCUUUGUCUGUGAGGGAGAAAUUGAACCAGCAACCUGCCUCUCCACAGCAGAACAAUAACAGGACCAACGACUCUGGUCCCAGUGAGAAAGACAAGAAGAAGGCUCAGAUUCUGAAGGAGGAGGGCAACGCUCUGGUGAAGAAGGGAGAGCACAGAAAGGCCAUCGACAAGUACAGCCAGAGCAUCCAGCUUUACCCCAAUGAAGUCACCACAUAUACCAACAGAGCCCUGUGUUACCUGUCAGUAAAGCAGCACAGAGAGGCAGUGACAGACUGUGACAAGGCCUUAAGCAUGGACUCCUCCAAUAUCAAGGCCCUGUACAGAAGGGCCCAGGCACACAGGGAGCUACAGAAUCUCAAAUCCUGUAUCGAUGACCUCAACAGUCUGCUGAAAAUCGAACCCAAAAACGCGGCCGCACUCAAGCUACUCCAGGAAGUGCAGAAGAAGAAGAAGUGAAAAAGAAACCGUCCAAUCAGAGAGGCUCUCACGGUCACAUGGUCUUCUCUCAACUCUACACCACAUUCAAUCCAGGGAAUGUUUUAAGGAUUAUUUGAACAUUUUUUUCCACAUUUUUUUUUAAGUAUUUAUGACAACUGUAUUUAUAAAAUGCUGGAUGUUUUGGGGAGGGGGAGCUUAACUUUCACCACUUUGCAAAAUCUAUUAAUGUUUAGCAUAGCAGACAGGAGCAUGUUUAAUGUCGUUUCUUGUUGUUUUUCUGAUCCAAAACAAGUGCAGUUUUAAAGCCUCGCUGUGUAACUUUAAACCAGAAAUUUGACAAAAAUAAAAUAGUUUUUAUUGGACUGAAAAACAUGCAUUAUUACUGUGACCAAGCUUGCAUCUCCACAAAACUGACUCUUACUCCUGCUUGUUUACAUGGAAAUGCUCCUUUGGCUAUAAUAUUCCACGGUAUGGCAUCAAACUUAUCUGCAUAGAGAAUGUUCCGAAGUAUGGUUUUAAUUGUAUUUCCAUGGAAUAAAGUGACAUGCCACCUCCAGAACGUUACACGGUAUUGCUUUAAAUAAAAGUAUCAAUAACAAACCUCAAAACUGUACCUAUUGUUUUGAAUGCUAGAAUUUUGACUGGGGCAGGUGGAAUGUGUUUUAUAGGACAUAGGAGAGAAACCCCAAAACACAAGAAGAACAUGCAAACUCCACAUGUAACUCUAGUUGUAUGGGAAUCAAACAUGGGACCACCUUGCUGUAUGGAGGGCACUGUACCAAUGUUUCCUAGGUUUGUGCUGGUCUCAAGCCUGUAUAAAGAACCUGAGUACCAGAGACCAUUUCAUUUUUAAACUAGUGUUACUCAUUGUUGCAGAUACUUUUACAUACAAUACUGGCUUCCGAAUUUUACAUCACUGCAAAACAAAUAGACUGACAAUUAAGAGAAAAGACUGUUAUUGCAUUUGGUGAAAGUUGACCCAGUUUUAGCAAACCUUUGUCUGGUGAAAUUUAGCUUUAUUUUGUGAGUGUGGCGAGUUUCUGAUAAGGAAAAUGUACAUUUAAAAUACACUUCAUCACUGACUUUUCUGCUUAUCUGCUUACCUUACCUUACUUUGGAGAGACGUCCUGCCUUUCUGUACAGAAUGUGUGUCAUUGUUUUUUUGUUGAUGUUUGAUCCACUUCAGAACCUUAUCUUUACAUCUCCAAUUCGCCUGUUAUGUUUGUCACACCUGCCUGUUUUCAGCAUGAAUAAAUUUCUUGAAGUCAUUGUUGCUUUUUUUCCUCAAAUAAAAAAAAGAACUGU